AUGGAGUUUGGUAGCGACCAUUACGUUCUGGAGACCCGCUUCGACGUCGCCCGAAGUAAAUCCAGAGAGUUCACCAUCACAGACUGGGACCAUUUUCACAAGAUCCGCGGCAACGAAAGCGCACCCGUCCCCAAAGACCUGGAAGACUGGUGCGAGAGAAUCAAGAGUGACGCGGAGUCGUCCCCCAAGAAGAUCGUCACCGACCUGGAGGUAGAGAAGAUGGACAGCAGGCUAGCCCAUCUUAUAGAGGCCAAGCAGGCCAUCGAGGGUCACUGUCGGACCCACGGCAAGCAGCAAUGGGACGAGGUCUGCGACUCGAUCGAUGGGCAGAUGCACAACGGCAAGACGUGGGGCAUGCUCAAACACCUCCUCGACGAGGGCAGCACCAGAUCCAACCAGAGACACACGCUCGCCAGAGCCCUGCACGAAGGUACCAGAUCCUGUUCCGGGGACGAGCUGGUAGCCAAGCUGAUGGAGAAGUACCUGCCCGUAAAGCACAGAGACGAGGAAGUCCUGUUUCUCGACUACCUCGGCCCGGCACGUCCGGAGUUGGACGAAGACUUCACCGUGGCGGAAAUCAGGCAAGCCAUUUUUGCACUCAAGGGCAAGUCUGCGCCGGGUCCCGAUGGCAUCACCAACAAUAUGCUGCGGAACCUUAACGACCGUUCAUUCGAAUACCUCACCGAGAAGAUCGACGGGACGUGGAGAAACGACAGUGUCCCAGAGAACUGGAGGGCCGCCAACACCGUCCUGAUCCCCAAAUCCAACAAGGCUCCGAACGUGGACAACGUCCGACCCCUCUCUCACGUCCUGCGUCGGCAAGACGCCAUGAAGAUGAUGAAACAUCACAUCAUCGACGGCAGUACCAGGGACACCAGGGUCUUGCUCGGACUCGACCUCGAGAAAGCAUUUGACAAUGUUCUCCACGAAAACAUCCUGGCUUCCAUCGCGGACCUCGAGCUGGGCCCCAGGCUGUAUAACUACGUCUGUUCGUUCCUGACAAGUAGGAAAGCGAAGAGGCGGAUCGGCAAAUUUGUCUCCGACGAGGUGCUCCUCGGCCCACGGGGCCCGCCGCAACGCUCGGUCAUUUUCCCCACUCUUUUCAACAUCUGCAUGGUCGACCUCUCGAGGAAGUUGGCCCAAGCUGAAGGUAUUAAACACAACAUCUAUGCCGACGACAUCACGAUCUCGUGCACCGGUGGUAGCAAAGGGCAAGUGGAAAGCGCCAUGCAAGAGGCUGUAGACGUCACGGAGCAGUACCUGCUACCCACCGGACUCAGGUAUUCCCCGACCCAAUCCGAGCUUCUGCUUUACAGAAAGAAAUCACCGCACAUCUACGAACUUUGCGAGCCCUCAGCUCCGGGUCCGCAUGCCGGCGUUACCGUGCUGCUGCACAUUCGCGAGCCCUCAGUUCAGGGUCCGCUUGCCGGCGUUGCCGUUUUGCUGCAGUUUCCCGCACCUUAG